AUGGCUCCUGAGCCCACCCCCGCCGAUCACCCUGAGCACAAGAAGAAGGUCAACCUGAUGGAUGCAUCAGGAGCCGAGCGAAAAGAUGAAGAUGACACCGCUACCGCCAUCCUCAAGAAGAAGAAGAAGCCCAACCAGCUGAUGGUGACGGAUGCCGUCAACGAUGACAACUCCAUCAUCGCCCUCUCAAACAACACCAUGGAGGCUCUCCAGCUCUUCCGUGGCGACACAGUUCUGGUUCGAGGCAAGAAGAGAAAGGACACAGUCCUGAUCGUUCUCGCCGACGACGAUCUUGAUGACGGCAGCGCCAGAUUGAACCGAGUUGUCCGACACAAUCUGCGGGUCAAGCACGGUGACAUUAUCACCAUCCACGCCUGCCCAGAUAUCAAAUAUGCCAAGCGUAUCGCUGUGCUCCCUAUCGCCGACACCGUCGAGGGUCUGACCGGCUCCCUGUUCGAUGUCUUCCUUGCCCCAUACUUCAGAGAAGCUUAUCGGCCAGUCCGCCAAGGCGACCUCUUCAUAGUGCGUGGAGGCAUGAGACAGGUUGAGUUCAAGGUCGUUGAAGUCGACCCUCCAGAGUACGGUAUCGUUGCCCAAGAUACAGUCAUCCACUGUGAAGGCGAGCCGAUCCAGCGAGACGAGGAGGAGAACAACCUGAACGAGGUCGGAUACGAUGACAUCGGUGGUGUCCGCAAGCAGAUGGCUCAGAUUCGAGAGAUGGUUGAGCUUCCGCUAAGACAUCCCCAACUAUUCAAGUCUAUCGGUAUCAAGCCCCCUCGAGGUGUGCUUCUCUAUGGUCCUCCUGGUACCGGUAAGACACUCAUGGCUCGUGCCGUUGCCAAUGAGACCGGUGCUUUCUUCUUCCUGAUCAACGGUCCCGAGAUCAUGUCGAAGAUGGCUGGUGAAUCUGAGUCGAACCUGAGAAAGGCUUUCGAGGAAGCCGAGAAGAACUCCCCAGCUAUCAUCUUCAUCGACGAAAUUGACUCUAUUGCGCCGAAGCGUGAGAAGACCAACGGUGAAGUUGAGCGCCGCGUCGUCUCGCAACUGUUGACUCUCAUGGACGGCAUGAAGGCGCGGUCUAACGUCGUUGUCAUGGCGGCCACCAACCGACCUAACUCUAUCGAUCCCGCCCUGCGUCGUUUUGGUCGUUUUGACCGUGAGGUCGACAUUGGUAUCCCUGACCCCACUGGUCGUCUCGAGAUCCUACAGAUCCACACCAAGAACAUGAAGCUGGGUGAUGAUGUCGAUCUAGAGCAAAUCGCAUCCGAGACUCACGGUUACGUCGGUUCCGAUAUUGCUGCUCUCUGCUCCGAGGCUGCGAUGCAGCAGAUUCGUGAGAAAAUGGAUCUCAUUGAUCUGGACGAGGAUACCAUCGAUGCUGAGGUGCUCGACUCACUUGGUGUCACGAUGGACAACUUCCGAUUUGCCCUUGGUGUCUCCAACCCCUCCGCUCUCCGCGAGGUUGCCGUUGUCGAAGUUCCCAACGUCCGCUGGGAGGACAUUGGUGGCCUGGACGGCGUCAAGGAAGAGCUCAAGGAGCAGGUGCAGUACCCAGUCGACCAUCCGGAGAAGUUCCUCAAGUUUGGCAUGUCACCUUCUCGUGGUGUCCUGUUCUAUGGUCCCCCCGGUACGGGUAAGACUAUGUUGGCCAAGGCUGUCGCGAACGAGGCUUCUGCCAACUUCAUCUCCGUCAAGGGCCCUGAGCUCCUCAGCAUGUGGUUCGGCGAGUCCGAGAGCAAUAUUCGAGACAUCUUCGACAAGGCUCGUGCUGCCGCUCCUUGCAUUGUCUUCCUGGACGAGCUAGACUCCAUCGCCAAGGCUCGUGGCGGCUCUGUCGGCGAUGCUGGCGGAGCCUCUGAUCGUGUUGUCAACCAGCUUCUGACAGAGAUGGACGGCAUGACUUCCAAGAAGAACGUUUUCGUUAUUGGCGCCACCAACCGACCGGAGCAGCUUGACCCCGCUCUGUGCCGUCCAGGUCGUCUUGACUCACUUAUCUACGUCCCUCUCCCCGACGAGACUGGUCGCUUGAGCAUCCUAAAGGCUCAGCUGCGCAAGACUCCUGUUUCCACCGACAUCGAUCUCAACUACAUCGCUUCCAAGACUCACGGCUUCUCUGGUGCUGAUUUGGGCUUCAUCACCCAGCGUGCUGUGAAGUUGGCCAUUAGGGAGUCUAUUGUUGCUGAUAUCGAGCGCACCAAGGCUCGUGAGGCUGCUGGUAUGGACGUUGACGAGGAAGAGGAGGCUGAGGAUCCCGUCCCAGAGCUUACCAAGAAGCACUUCGAGGAGGCUAUGCAGAUGGCUCGUCGUUCCGUCAGCGAUGUUGAGAUUCGUCGGUAUGAGGCCUUUGCCCAGCAAAUGAAGAAUGCUGGCCCUGGUGCGUUCUUCAAGUUCCCUGAGGGAGGUGUCGAUGCUGCCGGAAACAACGGCGGUGCUGGUAACUCCUUCGGUGACGCCGGCAACGAUGAUGGUCUCUAUGACUAA